GAGAUCUGUGGGCUUUUCAGCCGGACUGACGGCACGCGUCUCUCGCGGCAGACGCGGUUUUUUUUCCGGACCCGGGAAGCUCGCGUCGAAGCACAGCGGGCAUUCCUUCGCGGAAUGGCGGGGGCCGAGGACUCGGACCUGGAGACGCGGCAAUUGCACCUGGAGGCCAAUGAGGUGCUCAUACCCAAAGAGGACGCGCGAGAGGUGGAGGCCAGCCGCUUCAAGGUGACCCGGCGCUCGCUGCUGCUGGCGCUGUGUUUGGGCCUGGUGCUGCUGGUCCCCGUGCGAAAGAAUGUGCAGGCGGUUGUGAGCCAGCUGCUGCAGCUGGAUGAAGAGCCGCCGGAAGACAUGCCCUGCUUCGUGCAAGGCGUGUACUAUCACCACCCCGCCAUGAUGGCGGGGGAAUUGGAGACCUACCAGCCGUCGCCGGAAGCCUGCCAGGUGGAGUGCAAGAAGGAGCCGAGGUGCCUGCACUUCACCUAUUGGCCGGACGGAGGCUGCUUGUUGACCACCAGCGUGUCCACCCUCAAGGCUUCGGGUCUGGGAUAUUCAGACGCGCUCUCAGGGCCCAAGGAUUGCGAUGAUCUCGUGCACUUCCAGCGGGAGUUCCACACAGGCACCGUCUUCUGUGAUGAACACCCCAUUUGGGAAGGAGCUACUGCCAGCCACGCCGUGUGCAGGCGCAGGUGCAACAACAAUGAGAACUGCGCGUGGUACAGUUAUUGGCAUUCAGGCG